AUGGCAAAGAGCAAGGGCAAGCUGGCUUUCCUAGCCCAUGAUAGCUAUGAUAUAAUCACGACAGAGACUGGCAAUCUCGCAGCACCUUCACAUCAUCGCAGUCCAUAUAUAGAUGGUUCACGGCCUUCCCUUGACCCUGAACAUAUAGCCAGGCCGAAGAGACGAGCCACGGCAAAUAUUCCUGCCCCCUCUCCCGCAAAGAAAGCCAAGGGGAAGACAGAAACAAAAGCAAGAUCGUCUCGCAGGAAAGCCGCCAACCUAUCGCUUCCUGAUAUUAAUGAGCUACCACAUAAUCUCGGUAGAAUCCAGAUACUCGAUGCCGAUUUAGCGACUUCAACGCAGAACUUUGCUGCCCGUCCGGUGCUUGAAGUAUCACAGUUAGAUAGAAGCAGCCUACUACCUACAGAUCAAACGACUAUAUCGAAGCCUCGCCAGAAGCGUGUGCCUAAAAACCCAUACGGCCUGACGCCUGGCAUUAGUCCGUUCCCAGAAUGGCAGCAUCCUACGGCCGAAGAAUGCGAGGAGGUCAACAAGCUCCUAUCCUCAGUUCACGGCGAGGUCAUAGCCCCGAAAGCAAUACCAGCACCUUCAUUGACAGUAUCAGGCUGCGGGGAAGUACCCAGUAUCCUCGACGCACUGAUACGAACGCUUCUUAGCGGUGCUACCACUGGCAACAAUUCAGCCAUGGCGUUUCAGGGCCUGGUGCGCAGAUUCGGCAUCCUCAACGAAGGUAUUGGGAAAGGAAGCGUCGACUGGAACAAGGUCCGCGAGGCUUCGGCAGAAGAGAUCUACGAAGCGAUGAAAUGCGGUGGUCUCGGAGUGGCUAAGAGCAAGUAUAUCAAGCAGAUUCUUGAAAUGGUAUAUAACGAGAAUAAAGCUCGGAGGGAUGCAUUGAUUGAAUCGAAAGAGGGAAAGGGGUUGGAUCUCGCGCGAGCUCCUGGUUCAUCCAACGAAACAGAGCAGCAAAAGGAGAAUGAAAUCGCCCUAGCAAACGAACAUGUACUCUCCCUCAACCAUCUACAUUCCCUGUCCAAGAACGAGGCGAUGCUGGAGUUUGUCAAGUUCCCUGGCAUCGGCGUCAAGACUGCAGCAUGUGUGAUCUUAUUCUGCCUACAACGGCCCUGUUUCGCUGUCGACACGCAUGUAUUCCGCCUCAGCAAGUGGCUUGGAUGGGUUCCGCCGGAUAGGGUCAACGAGAUCACUGCUUUUAGCCACCUCGAGGUGAGAAUCCCCGAUCAUCUGAAAUACUCGCUGCACCAGCUGUUUAUACGGCACGGUAAGGCUUGUCCUCGGUGUAGGGCCAUCACCAGCGAGAACAGUGAAGGCUGGGGAGACGGAUGUAUCAUCGACCACCUCGUAAAGCGAACUGGGAAGAGGAAAGGCGGGCCAUUGAAGCAGACAAAACUCGGCUUCAAGGUAAGGAAACCUGGAGGCGAUAUGUUGGAAGACGAAAGCAAGGCGUCCUACACGCCUCCAGGGCCGCUUAAGAGGAUGGAAUACCUUCAGGAAAUAUAUAAGGAGGCAUUGAAUGGCAACUUUGCACAAUUGCUCACCCCUCUCGCCUUAAUCAUCCCCUCGCUCUUUGCGCUGAAGCUCCUCCUUUCGUAUACUUUCGCACAAGAUGAACAACCAGUUACGUUUAACGUACCUUUGCCGAAGGAGUUGAACCCGGAAUGGGAGGGUGUCGCAUGGGAAAAUAUCAGCAAAGACUCUAGGGAGAUUUUGGAGUCUCAGGGGACAACAGGGAGAUUCAAUGACAAGAAGAUAUUAAGCUAUUGUCCCGCCGACGGCCGCCUGCUUGGUGAUGAGAACGGCAUAAAACCAGCAACGCCCAAAGAUAUCGAUAGCGCAUUCGAGCGUGCCUCAGUUGCAUAUUCACAAUGGAGGGGAACGAGCUUUGCAGAAAGGAGAAAGGUUCUGAGAACACUCUUGAAGUAUAUCCUCGAGCAUCAAGAUGAAAUCGCAACCGCCUGCUGCCUUGAUUCCGGCAAAACAAAGGUCGACGCCUGCUUUGGAGAUAUAAUGGUGACGGCUGAUAAGUUGACAUGGACAAUCAAACAUGGUGAAAAGUCACUACAGACGGACCAUCGGCCGACAAAUCUACUCAUGAUGUACAAGAAGAACACUGUUCGAUAUGAGCCGCUUGGUGUGGUCGGAGCUUGCGUGUCGUGGAACUACCCCUUCCAUAAUCUGAUAUCUCCAGUUAUCAGUGCGAUAUUCGCUGGAAACGCCGUCAUUGUGAAACCAUCCGAGCACACGGCAUGGUCCUCUAUCUUCCUCUGUGAUAUUAUCCAACGUGCAAUUGUCAGUUGUGGCCACCCGAAAGAUCUUGUUCAGACCGUCAUCUGUCUACCUCAGCACGCAGAUGCGAUGACCUCGCAUCCCUUGUUACGCCAUCUGAUUUUUAUUGGAUCAAAACCUGUUGCCCAUGAAGUUUGCAAGUCAGCUGCAAAGGCCCUGAUUCCUGUCACCGUGGAGCUUGGUGGGAAAGAUCCCGCAAUUAUUCUUGACGACCUCAAGACUAAAAAGGACCUCCCAAGCAUUGCAUCUAUUAUGAUGAGAGCAGUGUUCCAAUCCGCUGGUCAGAACUGUAUAGGAACGGAGAGGAUUAUUGCCCUGCCUAAAGUAUACGACGAUCUACUUGAAAUAGUCACACCACGUAUCAAAGCCCUUCGCCUUGGGUCUGCGCUCCUUGACGGGAGAGGUGACCCAAAAACUCAGAAACUUCCUCAUGCCCCGGAUGUCGGUGCUCAGAUAUCUACCAGAUCCUUCGCGCGCCUAGAAAGCUUGGUAUCAGAAGCUGUGCAGGAUGGAGCUAGGUUAAUUUGUGGAGGUAAACGUUACGACCAUCCUGAUUAUCCCCACGGCCACUACUUCACGCCAACACUCCUAGUCGACGUAACCCCUGAGAUGAAGAUCGCGCAUACCGAGUUAUUCGCGCCUGUUUUCGUGAUGAUGCGCGCCAGAACAGUAGACGAAGCAAUCUCCAUAGCAAAUUCCAGUAAGUAUGCCCUUGGUGCCAGUGUUUUCGGUCACAAUCGGACGGACGUGGAAAAAUGUGUUUCCCGUCUAGACGCAGGUAUGGUUGCAGUGAACGACUUUGGCACAUUCUACGCUGUUGGGCUACCAUUUGGCGGCGUGAAAGAUAGCGGAUAUGGGAGGUUCGGCGGCGCUGAAGGACUCAGGAACCUGAGCAAUCUUAAAGCUGUCUGUGAAGAUAGAACCUUUAUCCAGACCAAGAUCCCGCCACGAUUGGAUUAUCCGAUCCAGAAGGGUCAAGGGAAAGGGGAAGAUGGCGAGGGGGCAUGGAACAUGUGUCAGGGGGUUGUAGAGACUGGGUACCAGCCAUCUUUGUUUGGGAAGAUAGGCGGGUCGUCCUGA